AUAGUCGCAAGCUCACAGAGACGUUGAGAAAGAGAACAACAUUGCAACCCUUCUCGGUUUUUAGCCUUUCUCCCCUUUCUUCUCCAUCGCGAACCUGAUGACAGUGGCGGACGUGGCCGGUUCACCAUAACGCAAAACUUUGAGGACCUUGCCACAAUGAUUUUGAUUGUGAAGGAGCGGAUUGAGUUAUGUGUUAGAGUCCAAGUACCCAAACAAAAUAAAGGAGAUCUUGUAUGUUAUAAAGUGUAGACUGACAAAUGGAGGCACUGAAAUCAUGUUAUGGGGAUGGAUCUUCUGAUUCGGAUUCUGAAUCUGUACCGUCAGCUCCAACCUCUGCUCCCUCAGCUGUAUUUACACCCCUGCCACCACCUCCUAUCUCUCUCCUUGACCCAUCGGCAUUUCUUGAUCUGCAGACAUGUCAGACAACAAGAGUUAGGAGCUUCCCUCAUGUCGAUGGUAACUAUGCCUUGCAUAUUUACAUACCAAUUAACAUUUCAUCUCCAUCGAAGAAAGAACUAUCUGCUUUCUUGAAAAAAGUUUCAUCCCGGGAACCAAAUCUUUAUGUUGUUGAUGUUGAUGUCCCAUUAAAUGUGCUCUGCAAAAAUGACGAGAAGCUCGAACAAGUUGCCUUAGGAAGAGAAUUUCAUAUAAGUUUGGGAAGAACUGUUCCAAUACGAGUGCACCAGAUUGACUCAGUGAUCUCAAUGCUGAAACAGAAGCUUCAAAUUCAGCGCCAGUUUUGGAUAGACUUUAACAAGUGGGAGGUUUUUGUUAAUGAUGAUCACACUCGCACCUUUCUCUCAGUAGAAGUUGUUCAAGGAGGGUUAAUAGAGAUUUCAAAGCAAAUCGAAGCAGUCAAUACAGUUUACAGACUUCAUAAUCUUCCCGAGUUUUACAAGGAUCCUCGUCCGCACAUAUCCUUAGCAUGGGCACUGGGUGACAUUUCCCAUUCACUGAAGAAAGUUGUCGACGAGGAAAUGAAGUGCGCUGUGGGAAAAUCUUUCAAGAGUAUUUUUAGCUGUAAAUUCAAAGGUAUUGAAUGUAAGAUUGGCAAGAAAGCAUAUGCAAUAUGCAAAAUUCCUGAUGGACAGUAAUUAUACGUGCACUCUAAAGAAAGAGCAUGCGAUUACCUGAAAUAUUGAGGUGCAUGGAAUUCUUCUUAUCUAAAAUGUUGGGUUUUCUUGGUUUGGUGACACCUGAUCAUAAAUAGUUUACGAGGGAGAUGUGAAUGUGACUUCG